GUAUAUAUAGCAUGGAUCUCAUUGAGAUAUUCCUCACAUGCAUCUACCGAUUAGCAUCCCCCCUAUCGACCAUUCUUGUAUCCCUUGAGCAUCGAGAUGAUUUAGUGGUGAACCACUUUGUCUCGGAGGCUAAACGACUAGGAUUUGAAAUCAAACUUGUUCCUAAGAAGCUUCUUCGGCUUUCUGUAAAUGAAGACGUAGAAAUCUGGAAGCUCAAAAAGAAAAGAGUAAAAUCCACGCCUGUCAAAGCUUGAAAACGGAUGUUCAUGGACGGUGGCUUAGCGAUGAUAGAAGGUGCUUUGACCGCCGAGAGGGAGCUUUUUUUUUUCUGGAAAUUAAAUUUUGGGAGACGCGAGACUAGCCAGACAUUCGUUUUUUUUUAGCGUGGUGAAAUCAUGAACUUUGUGACAGACUCGACUGUCAGCCAGAAUCAUACACAAGAACAUGAAUCAUCUCAGUCUAUGAAUGUAUCCUACGAACAACCUGUAUAUAAUCAACCUAUGGGCGAACAAUUCACUGAGAUCGACGCAAUGCCUGUAGAGCAUCCCGUUGUACAACCGUCAGCCAUGCAGCCAUCUUCCAGCAUUCACCAUGCUCAGCCUGGUCCAGACAACGCCAUCGAUAACCCGGCCAUUUCCAAAGAACAAUGGCAAUGGUGUACCACCACACUCAAAAACCUCAAGAAAAACAAAAGUGCCGGCCCUUUUCUUGAACCUGUAGAUAUUGUCAAAUUCAACAUACCCCAUUAUCCUGACCUUAUUAAGCAUCCCAUGGAUCUCGGUACCGUUCAAACCAAGGUCAAUGCUCGUCAGUACUCUAGCUUGGACCAGUUCAUAGCCGACGUUCGACUCAUAUUUACGAACUGCUAUACCUUCAAUGGCGUUGAUUCUCCCGUCUCCUUGAUGGCGGCUGAAGUCGAGAAAGCCUUUGAUCGAGCCGUGUACAAAAAGCCAUCGGCUCCCGCUCCUGUCCCGCCGAAAAAAGUAGAAACCCCCGCACCAGCCAAGGUAUCGAAAAAGGAGCCAAAAGACGCAUCCACAGGGUUGUCGUCGGAUGAACGAAAACGAUGUCGAAAAGCAUUAGAUGAAAUGAAAAAGCCAGCGCAUAAUGCCAUUGCUUGGCCAUUCCUUCUCCCUGUUGAUCCGGUUGCUUGGAAUAUCGUCGGUUACUUUGACGUGGUCAAGCACCCUAUGGAUAUUUCCACGGUUGAAAAGAAAUUGAAUGCCGGCGAGUACAAGAAUGUAGCCGAGUUUGAGGCAGACGUACGACUCAUUUUCCACAAUUGCUACAUUUUCAAUACCCCCGACAAUGAAGUUUACCAGAUGGGUCAAGCGCUGGAAGCCGUGUUCAAUGAGCGAUGGAAUAAGCAGGCUCCCUCCUCCGCCGAAGUCCCUGCUCCCGCUCCAAAGAAGGUCAUGUCAGCCAAAGAGAAACGCAUCGAGCAGCUGGAAGAACAAUUGAGGCGGUUAAAGGAGCAAUUGAAUGAGCAGCAAGAAAUCCAGGAAGCUGAGGAAGAAGAAGACGACGACGAUGAAUUUAAAGACUUCACCCCUGCUCCUUCCAAACGUGUGAGAUCAACUUCUCGACGGUUGACGCAAGGUUCGGAUGAUGACACAGAAUUUGUACCCAAGAAACGGCGAACGUCAAAGUCAUUCCCCAGUGUAAAACAAGACUUACAACUAUCUCCACCACCGGCACAAGCUCCACAACCACCCAAACCCGUCAUACCAGCGAACGCACCAGCAUUAUCCAAAUCACCUCCUAUUUCACUUGCAUCCACUUCACUGUCUGGUAACCGUCCCAAGCUGGCAUUGGGUGCGACCAUAUCAGGUCCUAGUCCUCCUCCCGAGAAAGACCAAGAGAAGAAGCCGGAGAUUGUGUUGCAGAACGAAGACAAGUGGUUGGCCUUGAUGCGGGCGGAUGGAGGAUCCCAAGUUUCAUCACACAACGCUGGACCUCCAUCCGCCGGGGUUGACUCGACGUCACCCUCAGCAAACACAUCGCCAGCGCAGGACAGUCAGAAGGUGGAUCCACUGUGGCAGAAAUUCCAAGAAGAGCGUCGGUUGCGAGAGGAGAAUGAGCGAGAGGCUAGGGAACUGGUCAAACGAAAAGAGAAGGAGCGCAAAGAGGAAGAAAUGAAGUUGAUGGAGCAACUUGAAGCUGCCAAGAGGUCAGUUGCUAUGUUAAUUCCACUGCUGUGAGCCUUAUACUUAUCACUCUCCACCCUUUUUCUCGUUAUGUUCAGAGCG